GUUGCUGCCGCUUUUUCCUUCUGAGUUUCGGCCGAAUUCCUCAAAGUUUCGGCGCAAACGCUCAAUAUUUCGGUCGAUGCCCUCAAUCUUUCGGAAGAAAGCAUCGAAUUCUCUCCGCUAAAUGUCUUUUUAGGCGAAGAUUGAUCUAAAUGGAAGGUGAUUCCCCCGACAGAUUAUCUUUUGGAUCUGGAGCUAACAAAUCUAGUUCUUCGCCAGGAGGCAAGUCCCAACCCUCUCUGGCCUCUGGUCUCAAAGACUUUUCGAGGAAAUUUGUGGACAGUGAAAUUCUAACAUCAAAGCUUCAAGACUGGUUCCACUCACUAUCAGAAAAUGCCACUAGUAAAAAACCCGCCUUUGAAGUCCCUUUCAAUUUAACUGAGCUCCAAAAGUUCGAUUAUGCCUUGGAGGGGGUCCCAUUUCAGCAACUUAUACGCAUGCCUAGUGCCAUCUAUGCUUCAGCCUCAGAUGCAGCAGAGGCCACUGCAUAUCUUGCCAUUGAAGACUUCCUCCAUGCAGGAGCAAAGGGCUUAUGGGAAACUUUUUGGGGUCUUGACAAACCAAUGCCAUUAACUGUUGCUUGCCUUCACUCAUCAAGUUCAAAAUUCUAUCCUGCAGAGAAAGCAAUCUCUAGAUGGAAGUUAAAUGGGCUUUGUGCCACUGCCCUGUUGCUAAAGAGUGGUCGAGUAUCUCAUUCGAGAUGGGAUCAAAUUCUUGAAUUGGUUUUAUUGAGACCAGAUGUGGGGAACCUCUCUAUGGAGAGCACUCGACGGCCCUCUCUACCUGUCAUCGGUGAAGCUAUCUUCUUUGCGAUUCGAGUACUUUUGUCGAGAAGUCUUGGAAAAUCCAACUUCUCAAACAAAUCUAGCUGUGUAUAUGUGCUCCUAGUUGAUUCUCAGCAUGGUGGAGUGGUUAGAGUUGAAGGCGACUUGAGUAAUUUGGAGGUUGAUGUGAAUAGGGUCUACGACUGUGCUGCUGACUGGCUUAAAAAGCACUCAGACGUUAAAGUUUCCCCAGUUGAUCGAAUAUGGAACAAGCUUGGAAAUGCCAAUUGGGGGGACAUUGGGGCUCUCCAAGUCCUACUGGCCACUUUUCACUGCAUGUUUCAAUGUAUAGGAAAACCCAAAAAGUCCAUUGAAGAUUUGGCAGCCGAGCACAGUUUUAGGCUACAAAAACGGAGGUCCGAAAGGGAAUUCGGAAGCUCUAAGGUUAAUGGAAAUGGGUCUUUCAGGCCUCACCUAAGGAGCUACUCCCCUGAAAUAGUCGAAGUCGAUGAAGAUGGCUCCAGAGAACCAGAGGGAACAACAAACCUAGAAGUCGGUUCCAUCCUUUGGCUUGAGGAAUCCAAUUGGCAAAAGGGUUUCCAAAUUACUGAAAUUCUAGUGACUGGUGAUCACCCAGUUUAUGUUUCCACCUCUCUCGAGGAGCCACGAAAAUCAGUGUUAUUGUAUGUGGGUUCUCACCCUUCACAGUUGGAGCCUUCUUGGGAGGACAUGACCUCUUGGUAUAGAGUGCAAAGGCAAACUAAGAUCCUCUCAAUUAUGAAACAAAAGGGGCUUUCGAGUAAGUAUUUGCCUGAACUUGUGGGUUCUGGCAAGAUUAUGCACCCUGGUCGGUGCUCGGGCAGCCGAUGUGAGCACCCUUUGUGUGGAACCCCAGUGCUUGUGACCUCCCCUAUAGGCCAACCCCUGCCUGCCCUUUUAAGUUUUGGGCAGUUCGGACAGGAUGAUGCGCUAAAAUGUUGCCAUAAUUGCUUAUCUGUUCUCCAUGCUACUACAUUUGUGGGCAUAAGACAUGGAGAUAUAUGCCCGGAAAAUGUGAUUCGUGUUAGCACAAAGAACCCAUAUUAUGUGCUCUUGGGGUGGGGGCGAGCAGUUUUGGAAGAGAGAGAAAGUCCUGGCCCUUCAUUGAAUCUCUUAUUUGGUUCCACCUUUGCCCUUCAGGAGGGGAAGCUUUGUCCGGCUUCUGAUGCCGAGAGCCUGAUUUAUCUGAUAUAUUUUUGUUGUGGCGGUGUUUUUCCCAAAUUGGGUUCGGUUGAGGAGGCCUUAAAGUGGAGAGAGAAAGCUUGGUCCAAGAGGUUGAUUCAGCAAAAACUUGGAGAAGUGUCACCGGUGCUCAAGGCCUUUGCGGAUUAUGUGGAUAGUCUUUGUGGUACGCCGUAUCCUGUGGACUAUGAAAUUUGGUUGAGGAGGUUGGGGAGAUCUAUUAGUGGAGAGGAGCAUGGAAAGGAAGCUCUCAUUAGUACCGCAAACGGUAGGGGAGAGUCCUCUGGGACUUCUGGGUCUUAGUACAAAGGGGGGUAUGGAACAAUCCUAUGGCGUAUGGAAACCUUAAUCCAUUAGGAUCACCAGGGUCAAAUGAAGUGAUGGACGGUGAUGGAGAGAGAGUGGGACCCAUUAGAAUGAGAUAGUAGCCCCAGUGGUGGGUCCUAUAGUCUCUCAAAUCAAGCGUCCAUCAUUUCAUUGGAUGGUGUUGAUCCCAGUGGACUAUGUUCUUUUUUUUUUUGUAGUCCAUUGGAUUGUAGUGUACUUUCUUAUACAAGAGAGACCAGAAGUUGGGUUAGUUACAAGAGGUAUGGGUGCUUUGAGCUUAUCAUCAAGCAAAAGAAGUAGAAAAUAUCAGAUGUGAAGAAGCUUUGUGGAUUGAGGUAGUCACUUGAACUGGCUAUCUAGAAGAUUGGGUUUCCCGUCGAGUGUCAUUAUUCGGAAAUUUAAUGUACAGUUAGGUGAUAUUGUAGUCUUAGUUCACGGGGAUGUUGGAUAGCUUAUCUUUUAGUUGUUCUGAUUUAUAUUUCUGCUUUUCUACAAGUAAUAAUAAGAAGACGACCAUCAGAUUGAGCUAACUGUUCGAAUUGAAUCGUAGACUGAUUCAGUAUCUUGCUACUUUCUUAUCAUUUGCCAAUCUCAUGUACAGUGAGUUGAUAUUGUAAUGUCAAUUGCUGGAAAUGCUAAGUUUUAUUUGUUUGCAUGA